AUGCCGAAGGAGAGCACUCAAGAGGAGAAAAAUGAAACGUUUGCCGAUGGUGCGAGUACCGAAUUGGGGCUGUCGGUUUUGGAGUCCGACAAAAAUUUUACACUAACGGAUUGGUUCCUCCGGCAGUCGAUGAAGCCCAUAUAUGUGGGCUACAUGCAGCAGAUCAAUCCUGGUCUGGUAUGGAAUGAGCAACUUUCGCAAGAAGCUUAUAAAUUGGCAGGAGCCAGAUACAAAAAACUGGCCGGUCCUUAUUUCUCGAUCUAUACGGCGAUAUGGCACAAGAACUGGCUUCCAUUGGAGCAACAUGUACUUUCUGCGCUGUAUGGUGGCUUCUCGAGUUGGUAUAUAAAGAUAAAGGGUCUUGAUAAAGGCACUCCAUUUGGAUGCAGCCAACGGAUCGCCAACGUACCCGACGACGCUGACUACGUUCAAGUUCUAUGCAUCUUCAAAGUCCUCUGA